ACUGCCAUGCCCGUGGGACUCUUCCGGGUGUGCCUACUGGUGAUCACAGCCAUUGUCAACCACCCGCUCUUCUUCCCUAAGGAGAAUGGCACGGUCCCUGAGAACACAGAGGAAAUCAUCCAGAAGAUGAAGGAGCGGGAGGAGAGCCUGCGGCUGGAGCAGCUGCGCUUGGAGCAGGAAAUCGCACACCAGGAAGCCACACAGAAGGCUCUGGAGGAGGCUGCAGUGGUAGUGGAGGAAAGCAAAGAGGGAAGGGUCCGAUGGGAUAUGUGGACUGCCCUCUCCAUGGUCAUCUUCCUGCUGAUCGAGCUCUGGAGGCAGGAUUUCCAGGAAGGGAAUUGGCAGGACAUAGGAGGAGAAGAGGAUGACAUGGCAGUGCUGGGGAAGGCAUUUAAAGGAGUGGCCUUGCCCGACAAGGCUGUCCUGGCCAGCUUCUAUGAGAAGCGUAUCCUGGGUACCACUGGAGACAUGGCCAGGAUGCGGGAGAUGGUGGAAGGCUUUGCAGAUGACCUGCUGGAGGCCUUGAGGAGCGUCUGUAACCGGGAUGCUGACAUGGAAGUGGAGGAUUGCAUGGGUGUGGGGAGCAUGUAUGAGAACUGGAGAGUGCGCAAACCCUUCGUCUGUGAUCUGAUAGUGCCUUUUGCUCCCCCGGAGCCUUACUGCUUUCGCUGCCAGACCUGGUGCUCUGGUGAUUCUUUUCCCCCAGAUGAACAAGGUUAUGGCACUAUCAAGGUGUGCAGGGCAGAUGAGGAUGUGACGGGCUGCAUCUGUGACAAGACAAAACUAGGGGAAGAUAUGCUGUGCCUCCUCCAUAGCCAGGUCAGUAGUACCAAGCCCAGCAGUGAGAUGGAAGACCUCCUGUGCUUCAAAAACACUCAAUAUCUGGAUGCUGACCAAGUCAUGAAGUGGUUCCAGAUUGCUGUCACCAAGGCCUGGAACAGAAUCUCCCACAAAUAUGAAUUUGACCUUUCCUUCAGCCUCCUGGACUCGCCAGGAGCCCUGAAGAUAAAAUUUAAAUCGGGGAAAUCGAUUGCCUUCAACCUCACCCCUGUGGUGCAGUAUGAGAACUCUGAUGUUUACUUCAUCUCCCACUUCCCUCGGAGCAGCCUGGCAGCAGAUGUUCCCUCCAGCACCCACUGGUUUCUCACCUUUGCAGUGUAUGAGAGGAGGUUCAUCCAGCUGGUCUCCAAAACACUGCCUGCCAAUGCCUGCCACGUCAGCUGCCUUCAGAUCCUCUCCUUCCUCCAUGGGAAGCAGUGCAGCCUCACAGGUCCCAGUGGGCUCACCAACUACCACCUGAAAACAGUGCUGCUGCAUCUCCUGCAGGCACGUCCCAGCCAGGACUGGGCCCCAGAAAAGCUGGAGGCCCGCCUACAGGACAUGCUGAAAUUCCUAGAGAAAUGUUUGCAUGAAAAGAAGCUUUAUCACUUCUUUAUUGGCAAUGGGAAGGUACCAGCAGAGCUGGGUUUCCCCAUCAUAUUUCAGAGGGCUGAGCCUCUCAACCUUUUCCGUCCCUUUGUGCUGCGCAGGGACAUUUACAGGAAGAUGGUGGACACGUUCCACGAGAUGCUCAGGAACAUGUCUGCACUGAUAAAUGAGUACACAGUGCACAUUCCCCUUGCACACACCAAUGGGAUCCGUAAGGAACCCCUUUAACCAAAGCCUAACUCUAAGCACAAGUCCAGAGGGCAGCUUUCUGAAGCCUCCUGGAGACAACUGACUUUGCCAGUAGAGCUUCUUGUCUGGAGCUGAACCAGUCCUGGGCCAUGGUUCCUGCUGAAAGGAAGAGGCUUGGGGGGGAGAAUAGGGAGAAACUGGAAGAUGUGGUGGUGAAGUAGGUUUCUGUUCCACUGCUGUGCCUGGUUUUAUGCAGCUAAGAAUAUAUUUUUUCUAUUGUGCCUCAGUCAUGCUACAGCAGUGGUGAGCAAUAAAUAUACGUAAUUUAUUCAGAUGCCUGCAAUGCAAAUGGGGGUGGGGGUGUGAUGGUGGCCAAAUACUUCAUUUC